AUGAUAAUGUCGUCCGACGACAGCGCACCCAGGCCGCUUGUUCGCCCCGAGCAGCAAGAGUACCAUGAGCACCAUGCCUCGACACACCUUCCCAGCUCGAUGACGACGUCAACGCCUUACGGCAAGAUGCUCACGCGCCUCGAAAUCGCUUCAACACACAUCCCGAGUUUCUACAUCACCCCCUUUUGCGGCGCAAUGGCCGGCGUGGCCUCGGGCAUAGUGACAUGUCCUCUCGACGUCAUCAAGACUAAGCUACAGGCACAAGGGGGAUUUUUACGCAGGCGCGCGGGACACCGAGGAGACACCGCUCAGUUAUACAGAGGAAUGAUCGGCCUCACACCGGCCCUACUCGGCUUAUCGCAUGUCGCUAUUCAAUUCCCGCUGUACGAAUACUUCAAAAUGGCGUUUACAGGCUACGGGAUUGGUGAGCACCCAGAUGAAGGUGACUCACACUGGGUCGGGAUUUCUUUAGCAACUUUCCUCAGCAAAGUAUGCGCCAGUACCGCUACAUAUCCUCACGAAGUGCUGCGCACGCGAUUACAAACUCAACAACGACAUCCUCCCGCAUCAUCUCCCGAAGAAAUCGCAUUCCGCGGCGGACUUGAUCACCCAGCCGAUCGUGGACGACCACCUGGCGCUGCAUCAUCUGACGGCAUGCCAAAUAGACCCCGCUACGCUGGUGUCUGGCGUACAUGUCAGACUAUCCUUCGUGAGGAAGGCUGGCGUGCCUUCUAUUCGGGAAUUGGCACCAAUCUGAUACGAGCCGUUCCUGCAGCCAUGACCACCAUGCUCACAUAUGAAUAUCUCCGAAAGACGAUCCAUACGCUCCAGCACGAAGGUCAGAAGAAACUGGAUGAUGUAAAUGUGGAAGGUGAUACCCUUAUCUAG